GUUGAGCUCGUUUUUGCGUUUUGCCCCUCCUCCUCCUCCUCCUCGCGCUCUCCCCUGACCUCCCUUGUAGAUCCAGCCCUAGCUAGGGUUUGCCGCCGCCCGCCGCCGCCGCCAUGGAUCCCGACGGCGACGGCUCGUUCCACCGCAACGAGGCCAUCUCCGCCGUCCAGGACGUGGACCAGUACUACGGCGACGACGACGACUACGACGACCUCUACAACGACGUCAACGUCGGGGACGGCUUCCUCCAGUCGUCCCACCCGCCGCCGCAGUCCCAGCCGCCCCCUCCGCCGGUUGUGCAGCAGGCGCCGCCGCCGGUUCAGCAGCAACAGCCGCCCCCGUUGCAGGCGCCGCCGCCGCAGCAGCCGCAGCAGCAACAGCUGCAGGCCCCCCCUUCGCUCCCGCCUCCUCCGCCGCAGCGGCAGCCGGAGAAGGUGCACAUCCCCGGAGUUGCGGCUGUCCCCGCCCCCGUCCCCGACCGGCCCAACCCAGCGCAUCUCCCGCCGCAGCCUCAGCCUCCGGUGGCCGUGGCGCCUCCGCCGCCUCCACAUAACCAGAUCCAGCCUGGAGGAGGCGACGGUUUCCACCGCCAGGGAGGGGGAAACUACGGCGGGGGGCCGAUUGUGGUUGGGAACGGUGGGGGCGGCGAUGGCCCGGGGGGCACGACGCUCUUCGUAGGGGAGCUCCACUGGUGGACGACGGACGCCGAUCUAGAGGCGGAGCUGAGCAAGUAUGGACAGGUCAAGGAGGUGAGGUUCUUCGACGAGAAGGCGAGUGGGAAGUCUAAGGGAUACUGCCAGGUUGAUUUCUAUGACCCUGGAGCUGCUGCCUCUUGCAAAGAGGGCAUGAACGGCCACUUGUUCAAUGGACGCCCCUGUGUUGUGGCCUUUGCAUCGCCUCACACCGUGCGCCGCAUGGGGGAAGCUCAGGUGAAGAACCAGCAAUCGAUGGCUCAGCAAAACUCAGGUGUGCAGAAGGGUGGUAGAGGAGGUGGUGCAGCUGGAGGUCCGGGUGGGGCUCAGGUUGGUGGGAAUUAUGGUGGUGGUCGUGGAGGCGGAGGAGGUGGACCGGGUGGUGGUGGAGGUGGAGGUGGUGGUGGGAACUGGGGAAGGGGCGGCGGGGGGAUGGGGGGUAGAGGUCAACCUGGGAAUAUGAGGAAUCGGAUGGGUCCGGUUGGUGGACGUGGUCUAAUGGGGAACGGAGGGAUGGUAGCUCCACCACCACCUAUGCUUCAUCCUGGGGGCAUGUUAGGGCAGGGCUUUGACCCAACUGGAUAUGGUGCAGCCAUGGGGAGGAUGGGUGGCGGGUUUGGCGGGUUCCCUGGUGGACCUGGGGCUGCUCCAUUCCCUGGCUUAAUGCAGCCAUUCCCACCUGUAGUUGCACCUCAUGUAAACCCAGCAUUCUUUGGGAGAGGAGGUGGUAUGGGUGCCGGUGGUGUUGGGAUGUGGCCAGACCCAAGCAUGGGUGGUGGUUGGGGUGGGGAGGAACAAUCAAGCUAUGGUGAUGAUGCAGCAUCAGACCAGCAAUAUGGUGAAGGUGGGAGCCAUGGUAAGGAGAGGCCGCCAGAGAGGGAAUGGUCGGGGGCAUCGGAGAGGAGGCGGGAGAGGGAGAAAGAUUUGCCCCCACCACCAGACUGGCCAGAGAGGAGGCACCGUGAUGAACGGGACGUGGGUCGGGAACGGGAGCGGGAGAGGGAGAGAGACCGAGAUAGGGAAAGGGAAAGAGACCGAGACAGGGAAAGGGAAAGAGACCGUGACAGGGAGAGGGAACGGUACCGGGAUGAUAGAGAUCGCCAUGGUGAUUAUCACAGGCAUGGUAAGCGUGAGUCAGAUCGCAAUGAAGACUGGGACAGGGGAAGAUCAUCUGGACGGCGUAGCAGAUCAAGGGAGGUUGACCACUCAAAGCGGCGGCGGAUGUCGCCUGAGUAAUAAUAUUGUAUGGCAUAUGUUUAGUGUAGGGGUAUCGGCAAUUCGCGGCGGCAUCUUUUUUGCACAUGCCCUUUGGUUAGCGAAUCAGCUUGCAACUGUCAACUGUUUACUGCUUAUAGCAUCGGUGGAUUUUACCUGCCUGUCUCCAAGGAUCUGUUGUAGCAUUAAUUGAGAUUUAUAAAAGCAGUUGGAAUAAGUAUGGCUGUGACUUCGACUUCCUGCCUUCUCUGAUUCAAAGAUGUAGCUGCUGCCUCCGUACCCCUACCAUUAACCAUAAUAUAGUGCUCAAGUGACAUAAUGUCAUAAAAACUGUCCAUGUAUCGUGAUUCCCCUAAGUACUCUCCUUAAUUUUGUUUCUUGUGGGGGAUGAGAGAACUCUGUACUAUUACUUUGUAUUAGGAUGAUCCUCUGGUCUGUUUUGUGAGUUGUAACUCGUGACUUGGCUUUGCUCAGUUUUCCCUUCUGCUGAUGGCGGACAGAGGACUCGACAGUCAACAUUCCUGUGGUCCUUCACUGAAGGUAGCUUGGGAAUGUCUGAUUUUGCUUGUUUUUAUAUGUUGUGUGUAUCAUGCCAAUCAUGAGCGCUUUUUCUGUAUCUGACCCCCAAAAAAUGCUGUUUUUGAUGUUGUAACUCUAGAAAUGUAACCAGGCAGAGAAUUCUGUUAGGUUUGUUAGAUGUCUGAGAACACCAACUGUAUAUGCGCUCUUUAUGUUGGUGGUUACACACUUGAUAGUUGAUUCCA